UAAAUGAGUAGCAUCCAAAAGAACAUGCCUAGAAUAACAUCACUAACCCUGCAUUUUGUCUUAGCAAUACGUACAUCUCAUUCCCUGAGCAGCAUUUUAUUAGCCAGAGUAUUGUCACUUUAAAAACUUAUUUCAGCCAGAAAUUCCUAUCUUGGUGCUGCCCAGCACAGCCAUGUCAGGGUGCUCCAAAAGCACUGCUGUCAUCAGCGAUGCCAGCAAGCAGUGAUUUACUGGAGGUGGGAGGUCUGUAUUAAUUAAAAUAACUGUAAGUGAUAUCCUCAGCAAUAAUAGCUUUUAAAAAUCAAUACUGUCAAGAUAGGCUGGAAUUAAAAUAGAUUAAUGUUUCUUUAAAGACUGGCAAGCUGGGCAAGAGACAGCUGGGGCCAUCUGCGCUCAAUGGCGAGUGGGAACGGAGCCUCCUGACCCUGCCUUCCUGCCACUUUCUUCAUUACAUGGCAGGUCGUGCCUCCAGACAUUAAAUGCACCAGAACCAAGAUUCUUGUGGGAAGGACUCAGUUUGUUUGAGCUGCCAGAUAGAGACAACAGCUGCCCCCUGUGCGGCUAAAUGGGAGCCUGGUCAGAGAGCACCCAGUUCAGAAGCAGGGAUCCGCAGUGUGUGCAGGAGCAGAUAUGGUCAGGGGGGAGUGGGGCAAGGGGGCAGCUGUGCACCUGAGGAGCUGGGCAGCACAAGGCAGAGGUGUGAGGCUUCCUGACCUGCACAAGUUUGCUCCAGUUUCAACCAUCACAGCUGUUUGCUGGUUUUGAGAAGGGUUUUUUUUGUUUUUGUGUUUUUUUAUGUUGGCACAUCUCCCAGUUCACAAGGAAAGGUUAUCUUCCAGUGCAACUCUAUCCCCCAUCAGUGUGGGAUUCGAAGAUUCCAGCUCUGAUAAUUAUUUUUUGUCCCUGUUUUGUAUAUUAAGACCGUACUGAAGUGACUGUGUGCCUGGCUGAGGCUGCUGUGCCUGGAUAUCCCAGCACAGCUGUGUGCUGAGCUCACCCAGCCCUUUGCCAGACAGGGCACAGAGCAGCAUGGGUCCAGGCAUGCACACCCAGCCUCAGUGUCAGGCUCUGGGAAUGCCCCCCAGGCCUCUCCCAGCAGCUCCUGAAGAUAAAUUUGGCCCAUUUCAGUUAAUGAGAACGCUCAUAUUCCUAUUGCAUGUUUUCCAUUGUAAGCCGAUAGUUUCUGGCAUGUGUGGUGUCCCUUUGAUUGGAAUUCAUUCAGACGCUUCCACUCGCAGGCACUGUGAAGCCAGGCACAGCUCAGCUGACACAGCCAUUCAUCACAGCCACACGUGAGCCCAGCAUGGAGCUGCAUCCAUUCUUGACACUGUGGCCUCAUCCCAGUGCUGGCACCAACCUCAGGAGCAGCUCAGAACCCGCUGGGUCAGCUCACUGCCCCUCAGCCUCUGCACAUAAGAUACAGAGACUUUGUUCACCUCUCUAGUUUGUAAGGCUGGCAUGGAGUACGUCAUGCUCUGCCACUCCUUCUGGCAUCUGUCCUUCGUAUGGCAGUCAUGAAACCUGCCACAGCACUUACGCAACUUCCAUUAAUGCAAUUAAACUAAAUACCAAAAGACUAGCAGCCAGACUCUGAGUCUGCAAAGAUCCUCCUGAGGCACAGAAGUAUCUCAGCUUUUUGAGCUGCUGAGCGUUAUCUCACUAGUAAUGUAUGAGCAUUUAGCUGGGCAUCACCAACCAGCUGCGCACAGGGAAGGGCGCCGGAGUCUGGAUGUCCUACUUAGCAGCAAUAGGAUGGGAGGUGAUGGCCUCAAGUUGUGCCAGGAGAGGUUCAGAUUGGUCAUUAGGAAACAUUUCUUCUUAGAAAGAGCGGUGAUGCAUUGGAACAGGCUGCCCUGGGAGGUGGAGUCACCAAGAAAAGGCUGGGUGUCACACCAACAUGGUCUACAGCAGUCACAGGCAUGGUCUGGUGGUUGCACUCAAUGGUUUUUAGUGCACUUUGCAACCUUCACGUGUCUAAAGGUGCCCCACCUGUGUCUGCAGUGCUUGGGUGAGGCUCUGCAGGGCUGCUCAUGUGCUCUGUCUGCAAGUGUUCACCUCUUCCUGUGGCACCAGGUGCUCUGUCAGUUCCUCCAGUUCAGCUUGCUUCUAAACUGAUCUCAGUGCUGCAGCUGGUUGGGCUUUCCAACUGUUCUUCUUAGUAUUUCCUCUCCCAGCAAAUAACUUCUCUACACAGAAGGCUGUGGGCAUCAGGCUUUCUGAGGUCCCGAGUUUCAAGCUGAGUGCCGCAGUUGAUAUGGCACAUAAGGAAGGGUUGCCAUCAGUGGGACCUUGAUGAACUCGGAAGGUGAGUCCAUGUGAACUUAAUGAGGUUCAACAGAGCCAAGUGUGGAGUUGCACAGAGGCCAGGACCAUCAGGUGUGGGCACAGACUGGAAGAAUUCCUUGAGAGCAGCUCUGCUGAGGGAUCCUGGUAGAUGGAAAACUGAACUGGAGCCAGCAGUGUGUGCUUGCAGCCCUUCCAGAAUUUCAUCUGCACGUCUCAUGCUGCAGAUGGCCUUACCUCUGUAAACUUAAUGACACAGAGAUUGUCUGCAUUUAUACAUAGUAACAUCAGCGUAGUACAAUGGGGUUGGGAUUUCUAGGCUCCUCCACAACCAGAAGAGUAAAUCACUUGUUAUUUCUGGCUAGGGGCUGCUAUGUCCAUGGGGCAGAUUUGUCUUGCCUUUGGGGUUUGUGUGGCUGUUGGGUGAGGGCUCACAGUCAAGUUGGCCAGAGCUGCAGCUUGGAUCUGAGCACCUUCAUCUUUCUUGGCUUUCUGUUGUGUUUGUUUGUUUGUUUGUUUUUGAGUUUUUGGGGUUUUUUUGUGAUUUUGGUAGAUAUUUAAAACAAACAACAACAAAAAAACCUUCUGACUUGAACUUCUGAAUGUCCUCAUUGCGCUUGCUUUAUAAAUGCAUCAAAUUAUUGAGUUUGAUGGAGAGUCCAAGUCCCUCCUUGUAUUAAUGUACAUCUUGGGAGACAGAGUUUCUUGCUAUGAAUAUCUUACAGGAAUAGAACAUUUGUUCUGUAUGAAAAUUACAGCCAGUUAUUUUGUACUGUCUCACACUGGGUCCUAUUCUGGUAACUGCCACACUCAGAAAGGAUCCCCUGUGCCUUCGUUAGUGCUGUCCUCACCCAAGGUCCAGCAGACCAGGUGUCAGUGAUGGGCACCAAGGCCUGGGCUUGUGCAGGGAUGUCAGCAGGUAGAAUCACAGCAUAUUUGUGCUGAUCAAGAGCUCAGUUCUUGCAGGUUCCAUCUCCCCUGGGGGUGGCACCUGGGAGGUUAUGGCAGAAUCCCUCCUUGGUGUUGCUUUGGAAGAGGGCAGAAAGCUCAGGAGCAGAUUUCCUAUCAUGUGCAACCCUGAGCCUGAUCCUCUUAUUUCCAGGGAGGACUCCUGAAGAUGACUGCAUUGGAUUCUUGUAGUUUUGAAACCACAUCUGCACGUGUUCAGGAAUGUUUAUGAUACCCCAGUGCAGGCAGGCUGCUGGGCUGCAAACUGCCAUUACAAAUGGCAGUUGCAAUUGAACGGAAAGAAGCAGGAUGCACGCUCACGGUUUACACCCUAAUUUAUUCUGGAAGGAAAAGAGGUUAAGAUGACUUGAAAUCCAUGUGAAGAAAUUCAAGGACAGGCAGAACACUGCAAGCUAUAGCAUCCAGAGAGCACAGCUGGAGGGAAGCUCCCUGCACAGUGCAGACCUGAGCUGGGACAGUUCCAGCUUGCAGAAGAUUAAUCACAGUGACCCGAACAGAAACGGAAACAAUGUGAUCAGCUCAGCACUUCUAAAAUAAUUUUGGUCUCCAUUAGGUCACCCCCUCUAAAUACCAAUUGUUUCUGUCUGGUUCUGUUGCCUAUCAGCCCCAUUAUGACAAGCUGCUAUUUGCCGUUUGCUCUUUCCUGUUCCUCUCAGGAAUAGUUUCCUCCUGUUGCAUUGCUUUUACCUCAGAGCCGGACAUCUGUCUUCCUCCUCAUUACACAGCCAUGCUCAGAGCUCUUCCCGGUUCCGCCUCAGCUGCAGCCCUGAGCAGGCAGUGCACAGAGGGACUGAGCAGGCACUCACUGGGAUCCUAGAAUGGCCUGGGUUGAAAAAGACCACAACGCUCAUCUCUUUUCAACCCCCUGCUGUGUGCAGGUCGCCAACCAGCAGCCCAGGCUGCCCAGAGCCACAUCCAGCCUGGCCUUGAAUGCCUGCAGGGAUGGGGCAUCCGCAGCCUAUUAGAUGGCGCUAGGAAAAACUUCUUUCCCUGGAUGAGUUUAAGAAGUUAAUUGAUCCAUGGGGUGGGAAACAGCUGCAGGAAUCUCCCUUCUUCACACAUCUGAGGUAUUUGGGUUUGAAUUUGUUAAAAUGCCAGCACCUGUGAAAGGGCUCCUUGGGGCGAGUUGUCAUCCUGCAGUGUUAAUUAGUCGAGGGAAGUUCAUUGAUUUAUAAAUUGUGUAAACCAGUUGUGGCUGCUCCAGGAGUAAAACUCUUCCGUGCCAUUUUUUUUUUAGGGAAAUGUUCUGAAAUAAUGGAUUUUGAGAUGCAGUUUGAGGCAAUCCAGCUUUAACUGACACAUUUGAACGCCCAUGAGCUGUCGCAGUUCCCAUCUGUCUUUUGUUGGAAGCAGAGGCGAAGCUUUGAAGCCCCUUCCCCUGUGCUCUGGCUGGGAUUUGCAGCUCACAGGAGCACGAGGCAGAGCAUCUCCUGCUGCCCACAGUGCCCGGAUUACAUAAAGCCACUUGCAUAACCUCUGUGAGUGCAGGCAGGGGCUCUGUGCCAGAUGAGGGUUCUAUGGGGUUUGUGCCACACUCACGCUCUGUCUCAAGUUGCACUUAAAUUCCUUUCACGCCACAUUCGGGCUCUGUGCUCAGCCCUGUGUUCCCAGCACCUCACAGCCAGCAUCCUUUCCACUGUGUCACUGCACAGCCUGGCUCAUCCAACAGCCCAGGUUGCUUAACUUCACCCCCUGGCCAGCACUGUGCUCUGUGUUCUGGGGGAGGUAUUUCUGUUUCCACUGCUUGAAGCCCAAAGAGCAGCAGAGUGGGAACCUGGGGUGGUGAGAUCUUCUUGGCAGAGGGGAGGGAAUGGCUGUUAGGCACGAGGGAAGAAACUUUCCUCCCCAGAGUUCUCUCUCCAGGGUGCGUACUCUUAAUUACCGCAGAGUAAUUACAAGUGGAUGGGAUCCAAGGCCCUGCACAAUGAUCUCCAGUCGGUGACUUCACUUGGGCUGGGUUUCGUUCAGUGCUGAUCCUACACUGUGAACAGCAGAAGACAGUGCAGGCUUCUGUUGGAUUGGGGUUUGUUGUCUUUCCAACUUCCACAACCUGAAUCUUCAGCAGUGUUUGCAAGCAGAGUUAAAAGCCUUUGCAAUCCUUUUGGUGAAAGUGGGAUCAGUUCCUUUUCCCAGGGGGGACACUGCAGCCAUCCCCAAAAUCAGCAUCCAAACCUCAGCAUCCUUCAGGGGAGAGCAUCUCUGCAGAGGAAAAGGGCCGUGCUGCUUCUCCAGGGGCUCACACUCCCCAGGUUGGCAUUGGCUCCUUUGCUCAGGUUCACUUCCCAGCAUGAGGGAAGUGCUGGAACGGGGCUCUGGGGCUCAGACCCCAUCCUGGGGGGAGGAUGAGUCCAUCUGCGAGAGACGAUCACACGGAUGACAAAUGCUGCCCAUGAAAUAUUAAUGCUUAAUAAAGCCUCGCCGGAUGAGGCAUGCAUUGUAAUGAUGCCACCCAUCAUGGGGGAGUUAAUUGAAUCAAUGAGGUGAGCAGUGGAGCCGGCCAGCAUAUGCUGGGGUUUGAUCAGCCCAGUCAUUACCAAGGACCCUUGUCACUCAGCGCCGCGGUGCCUGCAGGGGAUUUGAUGAGAGGCAGCCAAUGGGGGGCCGGGCCAGCUCCAAAUCCAGCUUUUUGCAAAGCCCCAGAUAAAACAGACUUCCAUUAAUAAGGCGAGAAAGGUUAGGACGAGAAGCAUUACAGCAAAUCUGGAGAGCUGUCCAUGAAGGAGGUGGGCGACGGGCUGCACCAGCAGAUGAACUGCAUGAUGGGCGCACUGCAGGAGCUAAAGCUGCUCCAGGUCCAGGCAGCUUUGGAGCAGUUGGAGAUCUCAGGGGGCCGAGGCCCCGUCCCUGAGCAGCACCCGCACUGUCAGGGUGGCACAGAGGGGCCGGAGGAGCGGCCGCGGAGCCGAGCAGGAGCUGGGGGCUGCAGCCCUUCAUCCCUCACCUGCUCUGUGCCACAGCCAGCAUUGCCCCGUCCCACCUCACUCCCAGAGAGCGGCCGCCUCGGAGACGCCAUCCCCUCUUCUUCCUCCUCUUCCUCCUCCUGCGGCCAGGACAGCUCCCGCUCCAAGGGACCUUCGCCAGCUCCAGCCAGAACAGAGCGCGCACAUCCCAGGACGUCUGAGUGCAGCAGCCAAGGCAUGGCUGGGGGAUGGACUGUGUGUGAUGAAAGCCGUGACUGGACAUCCUCCCUCAUGUCCCAGAGCAGAAACAGGCAGCCCCUGGUCCUGGGAGAUAACAUCUUCGCCGACCUGGUUGGGAACUGGUUGGACUUGCCAGAGCUGGACAAGAAGGGGGAGAAGGGCGAAGCAUCGCUGUCUGCUGGCAGGUCCCAGGAGCUCUGCAGGAAGUUCUCCCUCACAGCCAACAUCUUCAAGAAGUUCCUGAGGAGCGUUCGGCCAGACCGGGAUCGGCUUCUCAAGGAGAAGCCUUGCUGGCUGCCGCCUGAAGACAAGCAGCCCGAGAUUUCUAAGAGACCCAAAAAGACAAACAAACUCAAGGGGACAUUUUACUUCCCUCUUCAUGGGAACAUCCAGAACCAUCACAGCAAAGCGGAGAGGUGCCCGAAAGUGGAAAGCCAUAUGGAGAAACCUAAAAUGGGCACCAAGAAAGUCCGUGAUAGUGUAGACUACACCCAGUCCGGGUUUGAUAUCAAUACAGCUGUUUGGGUCUGAGUUGGUCGGUGGCUUCCCCAAGCAUCUUCCAAACCAGGGACUGAGGCCAUGCGCUGUGCCCUGCCAGGACCGAGCAGGCAGAGCUCCCCAUGGAGUGAGCUGUGGCUUUGGCCACCAGCACAUGGCAUCUCUGCUGGCUCAGCCCCUUGAAAGCCCUCAGGAGCUGUUUGUGAAAACCAUCAGCUUCUUUGGCAGCUUUUGGGGUGAGCCAGCUCCCAGAGCCUGCCUCACUGACAGCAGAUUCAGGUCACCUCUGGUUGAAACAGUGGCAGGACAAAGUUCACUGUGUGCGUGUGUGUGUGUAUGAGUGUGCAAAUAUACAUAUAAUUUUUUAAGAAAAAUCUUCUCCUGCUUGCAUGCACUUAAAACUGGGUUCCGAGCCUGACAAUUUCAACAGUGAUGACCCCAAAGGACUUCUUUGAAAGGAAGGAAAAUUCUGAAUUCAGAAGACAGCCGUACUCAGACAGUCGCCCACUGCAGGUGUUGGAUCCCAGCUCUGCUGCGUUUCAGCUGUUUUAUUCCACCCAGGCUGCAUCUCUGCUGUACCUGCAGCACUCUCCUUCCCCUGCAGACAGAGCAGCAGGAUGAGAUCCGUGCUCAGAGAGCUGUGACAUUGGCCCAUUUCAGCAGCUUUGCCUCUUUCCCCACACUCUUCUCCCAGGGGUCACAUGGAGACACAACACAACGUUGCCACGGAUGUUGCUUGUUAUCGUUGCACUGUGACACAAUUUUGCAAGAGACCUUUGUUAUCCUUUUGUUUCUUAUGCUGUGGUGUACAAACCCUGUCCUGAAAGAACCAAGUUCUUCAGCAUCCCGCUCUCCAAGAGCAACCAAUAAAGCAGCAUCAUCCCUACACGGA